AUGGUCAAGAAGCCCAAAAAGAAGCAAACUCAUGAGACCAGUGAGGAAGUGCCGGUGUCGGCACCGCAGAAACCAGACUUCAAGAGCAAGAAGAGGAAGCGACAGGAAAGCAAAGGCGAACCCGUCGAGAUCGAAGCUGUCGAAGAGCCAGCUGCCACGAAAGACGCUGAUGCCGCUGAGCGUCUACGGCGGGCCCUGCAGAGGGACAUCCAACAACUCGUCCUCAGGCUUCGAAGUGAAGGCAAAUCAAAAAAUGAAAUAAAGGCUGCCACUCAAGAGCUGAAGGCACAACACGGAGCUGUCAGCAAGUCGAAGUCUAAAAGUUCGAAGAGCAGCAAAAAGCAGAAAUGGGAAGCCGAUGUGGCAGAAAGACGGAAGACGCACCUGCAGCGACAACAUGAUUUAGUUGUCAUCCCAGUGGUGUGGCGUGGACGGCACGACAAACUGGACGUUCUCCAGGCCGCGGAGAAUGUCAAGGCCUGCCUUGCGCAGCAGGGCUUGGACGUGUGGCUGGACAGCAGGCGUCAUCUGACCCCUGGCCAAAAGUUUUCACACUGGGAGCAUCGUGGCGUGAUGCUACGAGUGGAGAUCGGACCACAGGAUCUGCAGGCACAGGUAUGCCAAGUUUGCAAAGCAAAAACUGCUGGCGACUACCAGUCUGUUGAAAGGAAGCAGGUGCCUUUACCACCUGCUGGAGCGCGAUCUUUGCUGCUACGACUGAAAGAGUGGGGCUUGUCGCAGCUCGACGUUGAAAGACGUGAUGGUGACUCCGAAGACGAAGUUCCAGAGGUGCACGGCAGACACCAAAAGGCCAAGGAAGCCAAGGCUGCAUCCGAGGAAGACGAAGUGCAAGGCAACUGGCAGCCAAGAGCCGCAACCACAGGCAAGAAGAAGAAGGGCAAGGUCCGUGGCAAAAAAGACGAAUGA